AUGCACAACGACCCAAUUGCACUUCCACAGGCCAACGGUGACGCGCGAACGCUUCAACAGCCACGUCUUGGCCGCAGAACACUCGGUGGCGCCGUCCCGCCGACUCACCCAGCGCGAAGGUGGUUCUUUUUGUGUUCCCGCCAGCCCUGUGGAGGGAAUGAGCGAGGGCGGUGUGACUUUGAGUUCGCAGUGAGGAACGUGACGGAGGACCUGACGCCGGGCAGCAGCACGGCUGCGCAGGCGACGCUGGCCGCUGCGACGGGGCUCUGCGCCGCCCACAACUCGCUCCCGGGGGCGCGGCUCUUCGCCUCCCACUCGUUCCACGGCCGGCGGGGUUUCCUGGGCGUGGGCGUCGCUAGUUGGACGCCCGACGCGGGCUACGAGGGCGGCGCGGGCGCGGGCGGGGGCGCGGAGGGGGCGUACCCGCGCCGCGUCCGAGGCCCGGGCGAGGGGCUGCGCCGGCUGCUGGCCGUGCGCUUCCACGGGAUCGGCUCCGCGUGCAGCCACCGCCGCCGCUCCGUCCAGAUGCGCUUCCACAAUCCUGCCACAGUUGCCACGCCCACGCAGAGCUCCGUGCCCGUCGUACCAGGGGAGGCAACGUACCUUGCGCUCACCCCGCAGGUGGUUGUCACCAGCACCACCCUGCGGCGCUGGUACAGCCCCCACCAGCGCCAAUGGUCUGGAAGCUCCAAUUUGCCCUCACAGAGAUUGGAAUUGCUUAACCGAGGCACAAGAGGCUUCGUGAUAAUUUAUUUUCCGAAGAGAUAUUUUUCUCCUUAUCAGCGGACGGAAGUAUUUGGAAUCGUCGAUCUUGUAGCGAACCUGGGCGGCCUGCUGGGCCUUUGCUUGGGGAUGAGCCUCGUCAGCGUAGCAGAGCUUCUCUUCUGGUUGGUGCAACUGGUGCGCUACAUUUGCCCUCUUAGGCCCUUUCCAAGGUUAGGCCUCCGCCGCAUGUGGGGUGGUGCUUGCAACUCCAUCUUUGCAGAUUGCGUCUGAUAACACAUGAAAUACCCAUCAACGCUCAAUGCUCCAUCAUUCAAUCAAAAAUUUUAGGUAUUAAUGGUUUCAAUGGUCUCGGUAAUGUGAACUUAAAUAAAGAUUUUUAUAUUCAAUUUGUUUCAUACUUAUUUGUGUUAAUACUAGGAUUGUUUCAGUUUUUAUUUCAAAUAUGAAACUCCAUGCACCUAAUCCCAUUAUCUCCUAAUUCGCUUUAAUCUU